CCUGUUCCGCCGGCCGCCGUGCGGGAAGCGUGGCCGCGUGCGAGGGGCCUGUGCCAGCGCCUCCCCCGCCUCCCAGCAAGAUGCCCCCGAAGAAGGGAGGGGACGAGGCCAAACCGCACCCCAUCAUCGGCAGGUUCGGGACGUCCUUGAAAGUCGGCAUCGUCGGGCUGCCCAACGUCGGGAAAUCAACAUUCUUCAAUGUAUUAACAAAGAGUCAGGCAGCAGCAGAAAACUUUCCUUUCUGCACUAUUGAUCCAAAUGAGAGCCGGGUACCUGUGCCAGAUGAAAGAUUUGACUUCCUAUGCCAAUACCACAAACCUCCAAGCAAAAUUCCAGCCUUCCUGAAUGUAGUAGAUAUUGCUGGUCUGGUGAAAGGAGCUCAUUCUGGCCAAGGCCUAGGAAAUGCCUUUUUGUCUCAUAUUAGCGCCUGUGAUGGAAUCCUUCAUCUGACAAGGGCAUUUGAAGAUGAUGAUAUCACUCACAUUGAAGGAAGUGUAGAUCCUGUUCGUGACAUUGAAAUAAUACACGAUGAACUUAGGCUUAAAGAUGAGGAAAUGAUCCUGCCAAUUAUUGACAAACUAGAAAAAGUAGCAGUGAGAGGAGGAGACAAGAAAUUAAAACCUGAAUAUGACAUAAUGUGCAAAAUCAAAACCUGGGUAAUAGAUGAAAAGAAGCCUGUCCGCUUCUAUCAUGAUUGGAAUGACAAAGAGAUCGAUGUGUUGAACAAGCACUUGUUUUUGACCUCAAAACCAAUGAUCUACUUGGUUAACCUCUCUGAAAAAUGCUACAUUAGAAAGAAAAAUAAAUGGUUGAUAAAAAUUAAAGAGUGGGUGGACAAGCAUGACCCAGGUGCUUUGGUCAUUCCUUUUAGUGGGGCCUUGGAACUCAAGUUGCAAGAAAUGAGUGCUGAGGAGAAACAGAAGUAUCUGGAAGAGAACAUGACACAAAGUGCUUUACCAAAGAUCAUUAAGGCUGGGUAUGCGGCACUCCAACUAGAAUACUUUUUCACUGCAGGCCCAGAUGAAGUGCGUGCAUGGACCAUCAGGAAAGGGACGAAGGCUCCUCAGGCAGCAGGAAAGAUUCACACAGAUUUUGAAAAGGGAUUCAUUAUGGCUGAAGUAAUGAAAUAUGAAGAUUUUAAAGAAGGAGGUUCGGAAGCAGCUGUCAAGGCUGCUGGAAAAUACAGACAACAAGGCAGAAAUUACAUAGUUGAGGAUGGAGAUAUUAUCUUCUUUAAAUUUAAUACACCUCAACAACCCAAGAAGAAAUGAAUAUCAUAUGUUGUUCAUUAAUCAGAAAUAAACUGUGCUGCUUCAAAAGGCAUAUGAAUUUUUAUUUAGACAGGAAUAUCUGAAAACAGAAAACAUACAGUAUAUAUCUAGGGAAAAAUCCCCCCCCAAAUUGAAAUUACUUGUUUGUUUUGAAUUAAAAUAUGGCACCCCCAGUGAACAUACAAGUUCACUAAAUGUGAACAGCUUUGAAUUUCAAACGAUUAAGACCCUACUCCAAAUUGUAGAAGCUUUUCAGGAACCAUAUUACUCUCAUGAUACUUCAUUAAUCUCCAUCAUGUAUGCCAAGCCUGACACGUUUGACAGUGAGGACAAUGUGGCUUGCUCCUUUUUGAAUCUACAGAUAAUGCAUGUUUUACAGUACUCCAGAUGUCUACACUCAAUAAAACAUUUGACAAAACCA